AUGUGGACGACCACCUCCGGUUUGAAAGGGCGGACGCUCCGGCUGAGCAUCACCAUCACCGCCGUCAUGGGUUUCUCGCUCUUCGGCUACAAUCAGGGCAUGAUGGCGGGCCUCCUCAAUGGCAAAGAGUUUGUAAACUCCUUCCCAACCCUCAAAAUGCCCGACAAUGCGAGUGAUUCCGAGGAGCACUAUCUCAACGUCAUCCGUGGUGCUGUCACAUCCUGCUAUGAGAUUGGCUGUUUCUUCGGCGCGCUGUUCUCAAUGUUCUUCGGCGAGAAACUCGGCCGCACUCGCCUGAUCUUCUCUGGUGCCAGUGUCCUGACCAUUGGUGCCUUGCUUACAACGGUCUGCUUUACUGGUAAGUGGGAACUCGGUCAGUUCGUCAUCGGCCGUGUUGUAUCGGGCAUUGGAAACGGCAUGAACACGGCCACAAUCCCGGUCUGGCAGUCGGAGUGCUCCAGCGCUCACAAUCGUGGCUUCCUGGUCUGUUUUGAGGGUGCGAUGAUCGCCGGUGGCACCUUCAUUGCCUACUGGGUGGUCUUUGGUCUCUCCCACGCCGAGGAUACCGUCCAGUGGCGAUUCCCCGUGGCGCUCCAGAUUUUCUUCGCUCUGAUCGUGGCCAGUGGUGCCCUUAUGUUCCCGGAUUCUCCGUCGUGGUUUGUAAAGAGAGGACAUGACAGGGAGGCCUGCGAAGUUCUCGCUAAGCUCAAGGGCUCCACUCCUGACUCCGAUGACGUCCUUACCGACUUCAAUUUCCUGAAGACGGACAUGGAAUCGUCGAAGAACGCGACAUCAAGCUGGAAGACGGUAUUCACAUUCGGCAAGACUCAGGAAUUCCAGCGUCUUCUUAUUGGUUGCUCCGGUCAGUUCUUCCAGCAGUUCACCGGCUGUAACGCCGCCAUCUACUACUCAACGCUGCUUUUCGAGGAAAACCUGAACAUGGAUUCAUACUUGUCUCUGAUCAUGGGUGGUGUCUUCGCUACCGUUUACGCCCUUGCCACCAUCCCGUCCUUCUUUAUGAUUGAAAAGGUCGGCCGUCGCAAACUGUACUUGAUCGGUUUCCUGGGCCAGGGACUCAGCUUUGUCAUCACAUUCGCUUGCUUGAUCAAACCCAACGAGGAGAACGCCAAGGGCGCUGCCGUUGGUAUCUUCCUCUUCAUCACUUUCUUCGCCUUCACCCUCUUGCCGCUGCCUUGGAUUUACCCACCGGAGAUCAAUCCUCUCCGUACCCGUACAGUGGGCGCCGCGGCGUCGACAUGCACCAACUGGAUCUGCAACUUUGCCGUUGUUAUGUUCACGCCGCUUUUCUCUAACGAAAGCGGAUGGGGCGUUUAUCUCUUCUUCGCACUGUUUAACUUUAUCGGUUUUGCACUCGCCUAUUUCUUCUAUGUCGAGACGGCCGGCCGUGAGCUUGAGGAGAUCGACAUCGUCUACGCCAGGGCCCAUAUUGAAGGCAAGAUGCCGUUCAGAGUCGCCAACGACAUGCCCAAGCUCAGCUUCGAAGAGAUCGUCCAACAGGCUCGCGAACUGGGCUUGGAUACCAAUGAUCAUGGCGCGCCUGAGAAGAACGAGCUCGGUCUCAGCAGUGACAAUGGUCAGGAGGUCGAGGAGGUUCAGGAAAAGCGUUAA